UAGAGUUACUCUAUGGUUAGGAAGUUGUAGGAACGCACGUGCAACCGCCGACCGGUUGUAUACUUGACGUAUGUGAUAAUAACGUCGUGUUGCGUUUGUCUAGACUCUUGAGUCUACCGAGUCUAGUAAGUUCAAAGUUGUACUCUAGAAUAGUGUGAAUCUUCAGUUCUACACAAUACCUAAUAUCUUUAAACGUACAAUGUACCUUUCGUGUUAUUUUUUAUUUAAUAUUCAAAUCUUAAACUGAAUACUUCAAUUAAAAAUAUAGCUGUGAUUUACUUAAUUUAAUUAAUUAAACUAUACUUGUAAUCUAUACUCUACCCAAAUACUUGAGUUAACGUCAAUACUUUAAGAUCGUCAAAAUGUUGCGCAGCACAAAAUUCUUAAGUAGUUUAGAGAAGUUUAAAGUUGAUUAUCCUGAAAAUAAAGUUGUCCAGAUCAAUGAUGAAUUUCGAAGAGUAGUGAAAGAUAUAUGUGAUGGAUUACGUAAUGUAGAGCUUCUAUUUAGCAGUUUGACAUCAGAUUCACGUAUGUGUCAAAUUUUAAAACAUUUAUCUUCAAUCAUGAAACAUUUUAUAAAUGCUGAUAAAGCUCAACCUCUUGAUGACGCAAAUUUCACUCUAUUUAUGAAAUUAAGUCAACUUACUACAAAGUUUAAAACUUUGAUAUUAUCAGAAAUAUUAGAUGACAUUUUCAUAUCAAAAAAUGAUAAUUGUUUGUUUAAUUAUGAAAAGGAACAAUAUAUUUGCAAUACUCAUAAAUCAAAACUUAAAAGCUUGAAAACAAAUUCUGAUAAAUCAGAAAUAUACGAGAAAAAUGAGUGUUUUACUUAUUUUCUCAUUGAAUAUUUGAGACUGCUAUCAGAAUUUAAAACCAAAAAUGUUCCGCUAGAAGAAAAUAUUACACUCUUAUUAGACGUUGCUAAUGAUGAUAUGUUAGCUAAAAAUUAUCAUGUUAUUUCAAAUAUUCUUCCUCAAAGCACAAAAUUAAUUAUUUUGCAAAAAAUUACAAAUUGUAUUAUCAAACCUGAAUUUGAUUUACGAGAUUGUGAAAUUCUACAAUCUAAAAAUAAGGAUUACAAGUUAGAAAUACAUGCUGUAACAUUUUUUACGCUUCAGAAUAUUUGUGAACAUUUAGAAAAUAAAAAAGUCAAUCAAUCAUCAUUAAUUUUAUCUAAGUUUAAUGUUGAAAGUAUUAUUUCUUUAAUUGAUUCACGUCCUGAUCUUUCUUUUGAAAAUAUUUAUGAAGAAUCAGCAAAGCUCAUUACUUUUAAAAGAUACAAAAAAGUCAUAGAAGUACCUUCAGAGAUCAUAAAAAAGUGUUUAAAAGUCUUAAAGUUAUUAAACAUUUUAUUAAGAUGUAAUCAAACACAAAUUAAUAAUAGUCCAUUUUCAUUAGUACUGCUUUCCAUUCUCUCAGAAUUUGUUAUGGCUACUAAUCUUGAUAAUUUCAGUAUCAAAGAGUUGAUUACAAUUGUUAUUGACUUUUUAAAAAUCUGCGGACUUCCUAUGCAUUUUCUCGCUGUAUCUUUUGCAUUUAAUAUUUAUCAAAAAUUGAAAUCUGACGAUGAGCUGGAAUAUAAAUCAAGAAAUUUAUUUAAAAGUUUAUCGAUCAAAAUAAAUAAAGAUUGUUUACAAAAACAAUAUAUUACAAAGGAUUUGGAAAAAAUCAUAAAUUAUGAAAAAAAUUGGGUGGAUACAGCAAUUAUAAUAGCAUGUUUUUUGGAUGGUAUUUCAGAAACGCAAUCGAUUGAAAAAAAAAGCUUUAUUGAUUUUUAUUAUGCUCUUAAUGAAAUGGUAAUACUUUCUUUCAACUAUAUAUGCUCACAAAAUCAUCUUUUAGUUUACCCUUACUGUGUUUCAUUAAAUUUCUCAAUUGUAAAUAAAAAUGAUGAUUGUUUAUUCAAUAAUCUAGCUGUACUGGAUGACUACAUUACUUUGUUGUUCAACGAAAAUACAAAAGUGCGAUUGGAAGAUAAAAAAUUUCUUUUAAAUACUAUUUUUAAAAAUUACGACAUAAUUACUCAUUGUAUAUCAAAAGAGUUCUUAUCAAAAUGUUGGGAAUAUAUAUUAAACCCUAUAAGCAUGGAUGAUAAUGUUUCUAAAAUAUUAUUGGAUUUGUGUUCUUCAAAUGAUUUAAUAAAGUUCAUUAAUAUUUUGAAAAUUGAAACAGUAAAAAUUAUUGAAAGAAAUGAAUCAACUAUAAAUCAAGGUUAUUAUGAAUAUAUACAAGAACUAUGGUCUUAUUUACUGAACAUUCAACUGUUUAAUCAAAAGAAAAAAAUUCGCAAGGAUAGUAUAAAUCAUUUUUGUUUUGUUUUAAAUAGAACCUUCUUGUUUAACACAAAAAAGAUUCAAACGGAACAAGGUUUAAUUUUGUUAAUAAAAUUAGUUUGUUCAUUACUUCAAAUACCAUGGAUAAACAAAACUACAAUGAUGAAUUGUUCAUUGAGAAUAAUGACUUUUGUUGAAAAAAGUACAAGCAAUGCAGUACAAUUACUUACAGAAGCUUCUGAACUAUUAAUAGUUCUGUAUAAAUGUCCAAAUAAUUCUAUAAAACCUUAUUUAGGACUAUAUGUCACUACAUUUACUAACUUUUUAAAUAAAUGUUUGUCAGUUGUAUACCCAAUGACUCUGUCCAAAGACACGUUACGAUUUGAUCAUAGUUAUUGUAUACCUUUCCACAAGCUUGAAAAAUGUUCAAGUUUAUUCAAACAAAAUAAAAGCGAUUUUGAUCUCAUAAGCCGUUAUAUGAUAGAAGACUUAAUUGAUCUUGUUUCAAUAGAAAUGAAUUGUCUUGGAGUAAUUAUGAGACAUUUUUAUAAUGUCAUCUAUAAUAUAAUGGAUGUUUGUUCAACUGAAGAAAUGACACUACUAAUAAACAAUAUUCAAGGACCCUCUUUGCAGAUGUUAAAAAAUAUAUACAGCGAGUACAGAUCUAAUGUUAGAUAUUCUGGAAGACUUUAAUUUGUUUAUUGUUAAUUACAUAUAUUUUUAAUUUAAAGUUAAUUUCUGUAAAGUAUUAAAUUAAUAUAUAUGUAUAUAUAUAUAUAUAUAUAUAUGUUCAAGUAAUAAAAUAUCUUUUAAUAAUA